AUGAAGUGUUGUAAAUUCCUUGUGUUUUUGGUGUUUCUGAUGCUGCCAGAACCAACACCUGCCUGGAGACCUGAUACGGUAAAGGAAUGGGCGAGAACGUUGGGCGACGAGCUGUGGCGACUCAGCGAAUCAUUGACAAACUCAGACCAAAUUAGAAUUAAAUACAAGCAAAUGAAUGCUAGUGUGAAGAAAAAAGAUGGUAAACAAAUUUUGGAGUCCUCAUUGAGAUCUGUGAGCACGAUGCUUACAAGAAAAAUCAAUGCUGUUAAGUGCAUUCAUGCGACGGCGGAGCGCUUAGCAUCGGAAUUCAAUUACACGAUGAUAAAAGACAAAGAAAAUUUAGAUUUCGAAUAUUGUUCCGCCAAGUAUUCCGAUUUUUACUACGAGGAUGGUACGAAGCUAGAGAGAAAAUUCGAUGUACCGAAAUUCGCAAAGAACAGUACACAUUACACUACAAAUAGCUUGGAAAAGGAUUCACAUUUUUAUGACAUCAGCGUCAAUACAAGCAUAAGCUGUAUUCAUGUUCCAACAAAUAUUUUUUAUCAAGAGGAUGAUGCACUCGCUGCUAUAUUGUGGUCAGAGAAGUUGACAGAAGUUUUUACAAAUAACUACAAAUCCGAUCCAUCAUUAGUUUGGCAAUACUUUGGAAGCGCGCACGGCGUACUCCGCUUCUACCCCGGAAUGCCAUGGAAUAUCAACGAAAUAGAUACAUAUGAUUGUAGGGUCAAGUCUUGGUAUAUCGAAGCAGCGACAUGUUCAAAGGAUGUCAUCAUUUUGUUCGAUGUUUCUGGAUCUAUGACAGGUUUUAAAAAUUACGUAGCAAGAAUAACUCUAGGUUCACUGUUGAAGACAUUGUCUAACAAUGAUUACGUAAAUGUAUACACGUUUAACGCGACCACCAAAGAAACUGUAAAAUGUUUUAAAGGCCUCGUUCAGGCUACACCGGAGAAUAUAAAUACUAUAAUCAACGCCCUGGAACCGAAGGCAAAUGGAAAACAUAAAGUUGGCUUGGAAGGAAACGCUAAUCUAACUACGGCUUAUAUCGCCGCUUUUACGACACUUAAAGAAAGAAGGACAAAAUGUAAUGUGAGCAGCACACAGGGUUGCAAUCAAUUGGUGAUGCUUAUAACGGAUUAUGUGCCGGGAAAUUUGACGGAAGUCUUUGAAGAAUAUAACAGAGAAACUGUUGGUAAUAAAACAUAUAUACCAGUGAGAGUAUUCACAUAUCUCAUUGGUAAAGAAGUCACAAAUGUCCAGGAAAUAAAGUGGAUGGCUUGCCUUAAUAGAGGUUAUUUCGUGCACAUUCAUUCAGUGGAGGAGGUACAGCAGCAGGUGUUGAAAUACAUCAAUGUGAUCGCUCGCCCCAUGAUUUUGGCCGGGGAAGAUCCACCUCCCACCUGGACUCAUGCUGAUAUCGAUUACACGAGAACUGUGAAAUGGGACGUGAGUGGAGAUGUCAAAAAGCCUGACGAAGAUAAAUUGGUAGCAUCUGUGGCCAUACCAGCAUUUGAUUAUAGGAAUAAUAAAUUAUACAACAACGCCAAACUCCUCGGAGUUGCUGGUACUGACGUUCCCAUUGAUAGUAUAGCAAAACUAGCACAGCCCCAUCAAUUAGGAGUUAAUGGUUAUUCAUUUAUCGUGAGUAAUAACGGCUACCUUUUGCUACAUCCAUCACUGAUAGCAACGAUAAACGAUGAACUCCAAGAGAACUAUAAUAGCGUAGAUUUCGUUGAAGUGGAACAAGUCGACGACGGAAAAGGUCCGAGGGAGUUGGGUGAAAAAAUUAAAAAUCUUCGAAAGAACUUGGUCAAUGGAACUGACGGCAGUAUGACAAAUGUAGAAGUACUUUUUCAUUACGAUAACAUGAGGAGAAUAGCUCGAGUGAAACACGACUAUUUCUUCAAUAAAUUAGAGGGUACGCCGUUUGCUAUGGGAAUUUCAUUACCCAUGGGCUAUGGUGAUACGGAACUCAUGCUGAAAGACAAUCCUUUGGAAGCUAAACAGGGUCAAGAGCUUCUCGGGGUCAAUGUCACGACUUAUUUCAAUUUUAAUUACAGGGUUCAUCCUGACUGGGUUUAUUGUAAAUAUCAUUAUUUAGAAGGACACGAAUCAGAUAACGCGGAAGAAGAAAUCUUCAAGUUUCUUGUAAAUUUAUCGAAGAAUGAAAUAGAUAUAACUAAAAAGCAAUAUGAUGAAGAAACACAAAGUCUUCCAUUUAAUUACGAAACACAUUGCGGCACUACACCAUUAGGUAAGGAUGAUUACUAUUGCAACGAAGAUUUAGUCAAACAAUUAGUGUUUGAUGCUAAACUAUCGACUCCAUACUUUAGAAGUUGGGACGCCACUCAAGAGGAACGAGAUUUGGCUCAGAAGUACAAUGUUAGCGUGCGUUUUAUAGCUACAUCCAGCGGCCUGACCCGUUGGCACUAUGUGUUCGAAGAUUAUAAAAAUGAAUGGGUCGAUGAAUUUGGCAAUAGAGCAAAAAAAUACCAAGACAACGUCUUCGGAGAUGAUUACUAUAACGCUAUAGAGGAAACCUGGUACAAAGCUGCUGUUUUGCAGCACAUGAUUGAUAAGGAGUCGUUGGUUAUAGCAACAGACCUGUUGAUACUCGAUGAUACGAUCAACAACAGGCCGGAGACGAUUGAGAAUAGUGACGGUGACAUCACUGUUACAGCCAGCUAUGCCAUAUUUUAUAAAGAUGGCAACUCUGAAACUCCGGCUGCAGUUGUUGGAUUCCAGUUUUUAUAUUCCAGUUUUUUUGAAGUUUUUAAAAAUAUUACAAAAUCUAGUCAGGAAAUAACAUGUGGCGAUGGAUACGACUGCUACUUGAUAGAUAGUUCAGGCUACAUAGUCGUUACAAUGGAACAUCCAAAACAAAAGCAGGCAAAAGUUGGGGACUUUUUUGGAGCUGUUCAAAAGGAAGUUAUGCAAAAGUUUAUAGAUAACAAGAUAUUCGACCAUGUUGAAGUCUUCAAUUACCAAGCGUUAUGCCCAUUGUCUAUGAUCAAGGAGCCUAAUUGCGCCCUAUCAUUAAAUACGCCUUUUACCACUGUUAUAGAUACUUAUGACAGUUAUGUAGAUGAUUUCACAACAGAGUCAAUCCAUAUACAGAUUCUAGCACUAGCACUGAACCCCCAGCAAAGGAUACUACGAAAGACAAAGAAAAACUAUUCUCAUGCGAUCAUCGCAUCACCCUGUAUAUAUUAA